ACGUUGAUCCUGCUGGGUGAUCCCAACUUCCGGUGAAAGAGGAGAAUCGUCUCACACGAUUACUCUAACAAGGCCUAUCGUUACUCACCCGUAGGUAGUUGAACGGGGUUUCGGUCGUAGCCAUGGACCUGUGAUCGCCAACAAGUCAGCUAAUUAACUUUUUAAGAAAGUAGAAGACGUCACCAUAGACGACGCUUUGACUAAACGUCGCCAGAGCCACAGGUUUGAACGUUACCCUGCUACUGCCAGCUAGUUAGCCAGCUAAAGACGCAGCUAACGUUAGCUUUUCGCCAACCAAGCACCUCUAAAUUAAGUCCUGGUAUCUAUUUCAAGAUGUCAACUGCGGGAUUUAACUCUCAGAAUGGGACAGGACAGGCAUAUGCGAACGGUCCUUCACAGAAUCCAGUUGGCCUGCAGCAGCUGCCAGGGGUCAGCUAUGGCAUGACUCACCCACCAACCUACAAUCCAAUGCAGGCCAAAGCUCCCGCAACCCACGACACUGGACUCUACCCCUCUGGGCCAUACCAACCUGUUCACCCAGUCAGCUCCUACCAGCCUGGCCCACCACUCAGUUCCUACCCAGCUCCUUCAGGCCAGUCACUGUUGACCAGGCCUCUAAUAGGAGGUCCUCCAUCCCAUACCCCUCCUCAGUCUGCCAGCCCUGGUCCUAGGCAGCCCCUUGCACAGGCCACACCUCCCCCUCCUGCUGUGUCUUCUAGUAGUUACUACCCAAACCCCCAGCAGCCGCAGCCCAUGGCUCCAGCAUGGCAGUACAACACAGCUCCCCCACCAAAGGGGCAACCCACUUCCAUGAGCGCACCUCCCCGCGGCCCCCUGCCUAACCAUGUAAACCCAGCUGCAAGCUCGACACCGCCACCAGCACCGUACAGCUCUGCACCAUCAGCCCAUGUGUCCCAUAGUGUCACCCAGCCCCCAGGCCCAGGGAUGCCCCCCACCUCUCUACAUGGAUAUACCCAGCCAGGCCCUGCACCUCCGCCAGUGACUCACACGGCUCCACACGCAUACCAGCCAAGCAGAGCACCUUAUGGCUCCCCACCUACAGGCCCACCACCAACCAUGAAACCCACACCCCCUACUACUGGAUCCCUAAUGAUCAAUGCCACACCUCCACCCCCCAAGGCAGAUGCUCAGUGUGGGGGUGCUGUUAACAGCACUCUGCCCCCCACUGAGUCCGACUGCCAGGAGGGGGAUAUUGAAUGUCCAGGAACUGUGGCUGGCAAUGGCCCACAAGCACCAAACAGCUAUAAUCACGUUGACAACAAAAUGGCUGGCCUUCCCCAGCACGGACCACCUGGUCGGCACUUGGGCCACUACCCUUCCCUUCCACCUGGGUACCAGAAUACCUCGGCAACCCAAAACGCUGGCCCUCCCAUGCACCCUGCGAUGCAGGCUGCCACGCAGCCUUACACUCAAGCACCUCAGACAUACCAGCAGCCACCUGGGGGCCCAGGACCAGCCCAACUGAGCCCAUCCCUGGCAGCCUUGAGCCUCCAGUCCAGCACCCCAGAGGCCCUGAGAGUGGUCAACCUGCUGCAGGAGAGGAACCUGCUACCACCAAGCCCGAUGCCUGCCCCAACACCCUGUCUCCCACAGGACCUGCAGAAGAUCAACUGCAACCCAGAGGUUUUUCGUAGUACGCUGACCAGCAUCCCUCAGACUCAGUCACUGCUCAACAAAGCCAAGAUGCCACUGGGCCUGCUGCUCCACCCCUUCAAAGACCUUUCGCAGCUUCCUGUGGUGACAUCCAGCACCAUUGUCCGGUGUCGGUCCUGCAGAACAUACAUCAAUCCCUUUGUCUCUUUCCUGGACCAGAGGAGGUGGAAGUGCAACCUGUGCUAUCGGGUCAAUGAUGUUCCAGAGGAGUUUAUGUACAACCCAGUUAGCAGAUCGUACGGAGAGCCUCACAAAAGACCCGAGGUCCAGAACGCCACCAUCGAAUUCAUUGCUCCUUCAGAAUACAUGCUGAGACCACCACAGCCUGCUGUUUAUCUCUUCAUUCUUGAUGUAUCCCACAAUGCAGUGGAAACAGGCUACCUACAUGUGUUCUGCCAGUCACUGUUGGACAACAUCAAUGCGCUUCCUGGAGACUCUAGGACAAAGGUAGGCUUCAUCACCUUUGACAGCACCAUCCACUUUUACAACCUCCAGGAGGGACUUUCUCAGCCCCAGAUGCUCAUUGUGUCUGACAUUGAAGAUAUCUUUUUACCAACACCAGACAGCCUUUUAGUAAACCUCAAUGAAUGCAAAGAGAUUGUGCAGGAUCUGCUGAAGAGCCUGCCAAAUCUUUUUGAAAAAACCAUGGAGACCCAAUCUGCCCUAGGUUCAGCUCUGCAAGCAGCCUUCAAGCUGCUGUCACCUACCGGAGGGCGCAUGUCUAUCUUUCAGACCCAGCUGCCUAACCUCGGUGUGGGGGCACUCCAGUCCAGAGAAGACCCCAACCAGCGGGCAUCCGCCAAGGACAUCCAGCACUUAUCUCCAGCAACAGACUUCUACAAGAAGCUGGCUCUAGACUGCUCCGGCCAACAGGUGGCGGUUGACCUGUUCCUGCUCAGCUCUCAGUACUGUGACCUGGCAUCACUUGGCUGCAUAUCCAGAUACUCAGCAGGGAGCGUUUACUACUAUCCCUCCUACCACCACCAGCACAACCCCGCUCAGGUGGAGUGCUUCCAGAAGGAUCUGAAGAGAUACUUAACCAGAAAGAUCGGCUUCGAGGCCGUCAUGAGGAUACGCUGCACUAAAGGCCUGUCCAUCCACACGUUCCACGGAAACUUCUUUGUGCGCUCCACAGACUUGCUGUCCCUUCCCAACGUGAACCCAGACGCUGGCUUUGCCGUUCAGAUGUCCAUUGAGGAAAACCUGGUCGAUAUGCAAGUCGUCUCUUUCCAGGCCGCGCUGCUUUACACGUCCAGCAAAGGAGAGAGGAGGAUCCGUGUCCACACCUUGUGUCUCCCUGUGGUCAAUUCUCUGUCAGACAUCUUUGCUGGGGCUGAUGUUCAAGCGAUCACUGGACUGCUGGCUUGUAUGGCUGUGGACCGCUCGACGACAGCAAGUCUGAGUGACGCCAGAGAUGCAAUGACCAACGCUGCCAUUGACUCGCUGACGUCAUUCCGGCAAUCUGUGUUGACCAUCCAGCAACCCGGCCUUCUGGCCCCGGCCUGCCUCAGACUCUUCCCCCUCUUCAUCCUUGCUCUGCUCAAACAGAAGGCCUUCAGGACGGGCACCAGCACCAGGCUGGAUGACCGGCUCUUUGCCAUGUGUCAGCUGAAGUACCAGCCAUUGGUCUACGCGUUACUGAUGAUCCACCCUGCUCUUUACCGUGUCGACGAUCUGACCGAUGAGGGAGCUUUGAACAUCAAUGAUCGAACCAUCCCUCAGCCCAGAGUGCUCCAGCUGUCUGUGGAGAAGCUCAGCAGGGAAGCAGCUUUCCUCAUGGAUGCUGGAACGGUCAUGUAUCUGUGGAUCGGACGGAACUGCCACCCCAACUUCCUCACACAAGUCCUGGGAGUUCCCAACUACGCUGCCGUGCCUGAUAACCUGUAUCUGCUCCCAGAGCUAGACACUGCCGAGUCGCAGAGAACCAGGGCUUUCAUCGGUUGGCUGAGGGAUCAGAGGCCGUUCUUUCCCUCAAUGCAUGUCAUCAGGGACGAAAGCCCGCUGAAACCCACCUUUAUGCAGAACAUGAUCGAGGACCGAACAGAGUCGGCCCUGUCGUACUACGAGUUCCUCCUCCACCUCCAACAGCAAAUCUCCAAAUAAUCAUCAGUAAUGUGGAAAAGGGGAAGUAAUGUGGG